GUUACAUGCAGCCGGCGGGGCCGCUGAUCGAGCCGCACGCGGCGCCGGUACCGCCGGUACCCUCUGUACCGGUACACCGUCCGGUGGCGCAGCACCGGGUACCUCCGGAGCCGCCGGGUACCGGCCGGUGGCCCUCUGAUACCCCUCCCGCAGCCUCCCUCUCCAGUCCCUCCCCGCCGAGCAGCCGGGCCGCGCCGGCGUACCACGCGCCACCUUACCUGCCCGGGUACCCGGGGUACAUGUACCCCAGUCCGUACCGGCCGGGCGUGUACGCUCCGCCGCCGCCGCCGCCCGCUGCGAGACAUGACUUGUACCCAUAUCCGUACUAUCCAUACAUGCCACCUCCGCCACACUACCAGCAUCACCCGCAUCUCAUGCAUCCGGCCAUGUACCACCACCCCGAGUACCCGCAGUACCCGGGGUACCCGUGUGGGUACCCGGGCGGCCCGCCGGCGCUGCCGCCGCCGCCUCCCGUGUACUCCGAGGGACGGUACGCCCCUCCGCGGCUGGCCCCGCCACCUGCACACGCGGCAGACUACGGACCUUUCGCGGCGCCAGGUGCACCGGAGCAGGGCGGUCCCCAGACUCCCGGUCAGCCGCCGCCGUCAGCCGGAGGUCCGCCAACAGGUCCCCCCAAACAGAGCGACCCGGCCGGUCAGGCUCCGCCGGCUCACAGGAGACCCGUGUCAGCCGACAGGGGACCCGCCCGGACCGGCGCCGGAACGGGCUACUCCAUCUGGCAGCCUGCGGCCGAGUGGGUCUCCCCGGUGUCUGUCCCCUCAGCCACGGUGACGUCGGCCCAGCAGCGGGCCAGCGCGCCGGCCGCCAUGGAUGACGGACCCGUCAUCUGUGAGAUCGGACAGAUGAAGCAGCCGUCGGGCCGCGGCGCGACGCCCGCCCGGCCGGCGGGUCCCGCGGCGGUCAGCGGGACGAGGUCCGAGCCAGUGACGCCGGCACGGACACCGGUACAGACAGCAGUACAAGUCGCGGAGAGGAGCACCUCCCCGUCCCCCGCCCCGGUCUCUAGAGAACCGGCCCGGUCCGCCCCGCCGGCACCCUCCCCCGCUCAGGUCCCGACCCCAGCGAGGACACGAGAACAAGUACAAUCCCCCGCUCAACCCGCCGCGCCAUCCCCCGCCGCAGUCGUCCCCUCGCCGUCCCCAGUUAGUCCCGCUGUGUCUGCAGCGCCUGUCCCAGUCCCCACACAGUCCGAGGAACCCCCUCCAGUCUCGCAGGCCUCGCCCAGUCCACGGCCGGCGUCCUCGCCGCGGUCGGUCGCCCCCGCCGCUCCUCCGCCGGCCGUGUCGGCCCCGCGGCCCACUCAGUCACCCCGGAGACCUCCCAUCUCCGGCUCUCACUCGUACCUGGCCGUGGCCGCGAUGCCGCAGUGCCCGCCGCGACAGCGCCGGCCGCUGCCGCCGCGCUCAUUCGCCGGCCUGGCACGCACAAUGGUCACCACGAGUACGCUAGUGGUGCAGAGUGCAGAGUUCCGCACUCAGGUGGUGCCGGCAGAGAACCAAGUGCAGAUUGUUGAGCUGCCGAACCCGCCCCCGGCUCCGGCUGUGGCUCCGGCCCCGGCCCAGACGCAGACGCAGGCUUCAGCUCAGACGCAAACGCCGGCCCAGACUCAGACGCCGCGCCAGACACCGGCGCAGGUGUCUCGCCCGACGCCGGCUCAUGGGAUGCCUCAGACAGCGGCGCCGCUGAGGAACGGCCUGAAGACAUCACCGGCUAGUUCCGAGGGUAAGCAGACGCCGCCUGCCAACCGGCCCGCCACACUUCUCAUCCCGACUCGGAGGGACGAGAAGAGAGCACCGACCGUGCCGCCCAAACGCAAGGCUGAGGUGAAAGAGGAGCCAGCCGCCAAGAAGGCAAAGCUCGAGCCAGGCAUCAAGAUGGCUGACGUCAAACCUCAGAUGAAGCCCGUCUUCAAAACGGUCGCUGCCAAGAUGGAGACGAAGAAGGUGAAAACUGAAGUCAAGACGAAUGCCGUCACGAAAACGCCAGAGUCGAGUGUAAAGGUGUCGUCCAAGCCGAAAACAAAGCCUGCUUCGACAGGCGCCGGCGAGAAGACAGCACAGCAGCAGAAGGUGACUAACGGGGAGCAGAAGAAGCGCGGUCGGCCGAAGAAGGUGGUAACGGGUGAGCGCCGUUCGACCUCUGACCGCUCGGCCUCCGAGAGCGGCAGCUGCACCUCGGAGAGCAGCGGCAAAUCGUCACGGUCGCGUCGGCCGAGCGGCGCCGCCUCCAACGGCAGCCUCUCGACCAAAGAGGCGCGUCGGAAGGCGUCUGGUAGUGAUCGACUUCUGGUCGACGUGGCCAGUCUGUGUCGGAGGACCCCCACUGACACCGUCGGCGGCCGCAGUAAGCGCACACCGCCACCUCCGCCGCCGCGGCUCACAGACUCACCAGCGCCACACGCUGUGCGCGUCAAACCCCGCCGCGUGGUGCCGGGUCUGACGGCGCGGAAAUCCAUCUCUCCCGACCUGAUGCCCAGCGAGGAGCCAGUGGCCGCUCCGCCCCCGCCGCCAGUGCCGCGGAGAGGACGCAAACCGCGACCCUCCGGCGACACCGAGACCAAGAGGAGGCGUAAGGGAGAGCGGCAGCCGUCUGGAGAGCGGGCGCUGGCCAUCCCGCGGCCCACCGGCGGACAGCGCUGGAGUCACGCCUGGUCCUUCCAGGGACAGGGACAGAUGAAGAAAAUUCUGCUCAGGAACGACAACCAGCUGGUGGAGCGGCUGUGCUUCCCGUCGAUGCGCCACCAGGAGGGUGACGAGAUCCGCCUCAAGGACUGCGUCCUGCUGGCCUCGGGCUCCAAGGACGAGCCGCCCUUCGUCGGAAAGGUGGCCGCCAUCUUCCAGAACCCUGAGGACAACGAGAUGUUGGUUUCGCUCCUCUGGUACUACCGGCCCGACCACGCCGAGGACGGCCCGGAGGAGGGCCGUGCAGAGGGCUCCUCCGACGCCGGGAGCUCGGGCGGUCACGAGUUCAAAGUGCCGUGCGGCCAGCUGCCGGGCGCCGCGCCGGCAGAGGUGUUUGCCUCCAAACAUCGCGACACAAAUUCGGUGGCGUGCAUCGAGGACAAGUGUUUCGUGCUGACGUGGAACGAGUACUGCAGGUACGUAAAGUUCCUAGCGCAGUGUCAGCAGGGCAUCCCGCCGCAGCAGAGCGAGGUUCCCGAGUUCCCCGGCGAGUACCCGCGCGCCAGCAUGCUGCCGUCGGCUCGCGUCGCUCCCGACCGCAUCUUCUUCUGCCGGCGCGUCUACGACUUCCGAACCAAGCGCAUCCUCAAGAACCCCGUGUAGGGGGCGCGCGCGAGCUGGCGGCUCAUCUUGUGAUAGUGUGCUGGCGCGGCGGCGGCGGCGGCGGCCCGGGCGCGUCAGGGACUAGACGGUCGGCGCCGGCGGAGGACGCUGCUUAACGAGGAACGUGGAGGUGCACCACGGACGACCGCCCUUCCCAAAUCGGCCGCACUGUACAAAAUAUUUUUGUACGAAAUUUUGAUAGCGACACGCACACAUAUAUAUUAUACAUACAUAGAUAAAGUGCCAGUCCGUCUCAUCAAUUGGUAGCCGCAUCCCUUCCUCGAUGGAGUCCGUGAAGAAUGUAUCCAUUAUUCAAUUAUCAUGUCCCGAAUGCUGUGGGAUGAUUGUUGUCUGUCUGUGAGAAGGUUAGGAAGUUAUUUAUGGCGGCGUUUGAGCCGAACUGAGUCGGGGUUCACCAGCGUGGCGCUGGGGGCCGCCUAGUACUGGUCGGAGCGGAAUGACACGGGUGCAGGAGAGCGCGGGUCGAGCUGUGUGCGAGCCUGCGCUGCGGAGCUUUACUGGUUCGUUGAUCGUGUGACAGCGCCGGGUGGCCGGCCGCGCGGCGUCCCCUGUCCCUCCUGUGAUGUGGCGCCCUCACUGUGUGAGUGAGCCGGAACGGUGGAGGUUGAACGCCCUCCGCCACCCGGCAAUGCACGGUGGCGGGCGCGGCCGCGCACGGCGGCUCUAGUUCAUGUUUUUGCCGACAGGCGGCGCUCAUUCCACUGGGCGGCCGGCCGCCGCGCGGGGCGAGAUUGUGUGCGUGUAUGUGUGGACUGUGUAGGUCUGUGUCGCCCCUCUGCUUCGCCCCUGUCCUGGUAGAUGCUCCUCUUCCACUGCCGUGACCGCGUGUGCACAGCUUUAAUCAAAUACUUUUACCGAGCGGACGGACGAACCCGACUCCAUGUGUCACGAACCGAACGAGCGUCUGUGUGUUCUCGCAUAAAUUUUAUCUCCACCACCUCAUAGUUAGGCCUUGCUAGCGUGCCUUGUGUGUGCAAUGUACUGGUAAAAUACAUGAUUAUACGCGGUAUACACCAAAA